AUGGCGGCAGUUUCGUCGUCUCCCGUUGUUCAAUCAAUUGAUCAAAAAUCUAUCCAUCAGAUAUGCUCCGGACAGGUUGUGUUAAGCAUUGCAACUGCUAUGAAAGAACUUGUUGAAAACAGCUUGGAUGCUGGAGCUACAAACAUCGAGAUCAAGCUAAAAAACCACGGCGCGGACGUCUUGGAAGUCAACGACAAUGGUUUUGGAGUCGAACCGCAUAAUUUCGAAGCUUUGACUUUGAAGCAUCACACAUCGAAACUCAGAGAUUUCUCAGAUCUAACAAGUGUGGAAACGUUUGGUUUUAGGGGAGAGGCUUUGAGCUCUUUGUGCGCCCUGAGGUAAUUAAUUUGAUAUCUAACCCACCACACCCCCCCCUCCCCUAUAUGGUCCUAUAUCAUAUGGACGACAACAUCUCCCGGGGGGUACAGAAUUGGGGGAGGGAAGAAGAAAAAGAGAGCACAGAGGCGGAUCUAGGGGGAGGGUGCAGGGGGUGCGCAUCCCCCUCCUUCCCUGAGAUGACCUGCGGUUUUCUAAUACAACUGGUAUUCUGCAAAAAAAAAAAAAGACUAUGUGGUUUAUUGGUGUUGAAGUAGAGCAAGAGACGAGUACACCCCCUCCUAAAAAAAUCCUGGAUCCGCGCUUGGAGCAUGCCCACCCCUGUAACUCUGGGAGAACUUUCUUGGAAUAUUUCUGAGGGAUAAGGGCAAAAGGCCCUCUUUCUGAAGGGAGGAAGAAAAAACUGGCUAUUUCUGAGGGUUAACUUUGUCAGUACUUUCAAUCUUUAAGCUGUAAAGUCAUAUGAAGGUGGGAUAGCUAUAAGUAAAUGGAAUGGCUCAAUCUGUUGGUAGUAAAUUCAACCUUGUCCCCAGGGCGCUUUUUCCUGGCUUUGGAGGUGGGGCGAAGCCAUGGAAAAGCACCCUGGGGACAAGGUUGUAGUAAAGUUAAUUAACCCAUUCACUCCUGGAGAUUUUGCCGAAAAACGCGUUUUGAAGCUAGUCGAGUGGUUUUGUGGUCACUGUCGUGCUAUAAAAACUAAAACUUACCACAAACCGGUUUAGAGGUCGUACACUUGGCGGCCUUCUGAUCCAGAUGCAAAAUAUCAGCUUGCGAAGUUCGGGCAUGCGCAGAAAGCAAAAUUUCGACAUAGUUUUUGGGUUUAAUAGUGACACAGCAGUCUUGACUUUUACUUUUCGCUUUCUCUCCUCCCUUCUUUUUUCGCUUUUCUUGCCUCAUUUUUUUUUUCUCUUGCUGGGCAUUUAGUAGGCUUCAUUUUGGUGGGAAGAGUUUUUAGGAAAGCUUUUAGGAUCUUAGGAUUAGGUGAAAGGAAAGGUAGGUGGGUAAUGGAACAAGAUUUUCAUGAGGAUUUUCAGGUCCUUGUCACGUGGUUUUUUGCUUCUUUCUCCGGUGUCCUUGACUGAAUUGUGCUCAUUCUGGUAUGGUUUGAAAGAUCUCUUCACUCUGCACAAGUUAGCGAAGAAAGUUGUCCUUGACCGUAAAAACUGAUGACGUCACAAAGGGUAGAAAGGACCUGGAUCCGCACGGGCGGUUACGGGCGGUUCAGGGGCGAAUGGGUUAAGGCUGUUUGUCAUAUAGUAUUUCUUCAAAUAAGAGCCCACACUUUAAUUAACACCCUCGCCCUAGUAAGCAUCCACCCGCUAGGCCCCCCUAGCGGCUCACCUCUUCGGCACUCGCGUGAUUCCUCGAUUAUUAAAAUAUCCUGACUUUACCUGCUCAGAAGGUUGAACAGUCUGUGAAGUAUCUGAAAUAUAUCCCAGCAUCUGUUCCAGAUGGUGCCAAGCAAUAUGUCAGAGGGUGGAGUCCCAAGAGAAUCUAUCGCUGUUAAUCCCUUACACUAAACAUGUUUACAUGUAGGGAAUGCCAAGCAAAAAGUAGAGGUGCUUUGGGAAUAUAGAAACAGUCCCACCUUAUUCUCAGCCAUGCCAGCAGUGUUCUCCACAGUAUCUUGGGAAGGCUAGGGGGAUAUUCUGAAUGUGAUUUUUAACGGCGUUUGUACGAAGCCUGCUGUAGCCUGAAUAAAAAUUAUCGACUUGGGAACUUAGUUUAAGUAAGUUGUACAAAAAGAACUCGUUUGCUAUGAUAAGCUUUUCAUCUUUGUUCCGUGCGUCUUGGGUUGACUGCGAGCGAAAGAAUUUCCUUAGUACUCAAUGUUUAAAGCUCCUUAACGGGCCAUUCAACGAAAUGAAUGCAUCACAGGUUUGAACAUAUUCAUCCAAUGAUAAACCUUUUUUAUAACCAAUAUCUUGCAAGAAAUUACACAAAUAAAGACACCAGACAAUGAUUUAUUCCCUCCUUUGAGGGAUUUUGUCUUUAAAAUACCUAGCUCUAUAUGUCAACAUAAGCUUCUGUUCAGUUAAAUCUUUAGUUUUUAAGCAGGGCAGCAACAAUUUUCUAGUGAAUUAAGCCAGGUGGUCCACCUAGCAUUAAGUACCUAGGGAGAACACUGAUCAGACAUUAUAGGGAAUGUUCACAAUUUUGAGUAUUUCGUUACUUGGCAAAAACUGGGAUGGUCUGCACACAGAAAAAUUCAUCAUCACCUAGGAUGUUUAUUGUCAAGUCCCUGGAAUGGAACUGUAUGCACAGACCAGUGAUCUAAUAAUGUUAUUGUUGAGCUUACCCUUCCCCUUGGUAGCCGGGGCUGUAAUAAAGUUACAUAGACCUCCUAAUUAAAGAGUCAAACUUUAAAGGCCAAUGAAUAGAUAGCUGACAUUUCACAACACGACAACUGUUUUCCAUCUUUCUUAAUUGGUCGUGCCAUGAGGGAAAUUUGAUUCAACCAAUCAGAAGGACUACUUAGAUCAGGGCAGUGAUGCAUCAUUGGUAUGGAAUUUCUGCACUUGUUUCUCAGACAUCAUUUUGCAGGGAAACCAGUGGUGGGGUCACAAAAUGUUGGUGGUCUUCUCAGGCUAAUAAAUUGAUGUUUUGUUCUUUGUCUCAACAGUAAGCUCUCUAUAGUAACGCACCAUUCUUCCCAAGCUGCAGCAACAAAACUAGAAUAUGAUCACAAUGGCAAGUUGCUUUCAAAGCAACCUUGUGCCAGGGAUCUUGGCACAACAGUCUCCCUACAAAACUUGUUUUCUACCUUGCCAGUCCGGCACAGAGAGUUUCUUCGUAAUAUAAAAAGAGAGUUCACAAAAUUGGUGCAUGUUCUGCAAGGAUAUUGUCUGAUAAGUACAGGAGUUCGAAUAACUUGCAGUAACCAAGCAGAAAAAGGAAAGAAAACAAUGAUUGUGACUACAAAUGGUAGUGAGCAAGUUAAAGAUAACAUCACUUGUGUGUUUGGGCCCAAACAGGUUUGUAAAUUUUGUACUUGUUUUGAUAAUCUAUGGGUGAAAUUUUACAAUAAUUGAAAUGUGGCUACCACUUUUCCAACACUGCCAGUUUAGUACAAUGUAUGUGACAGGUCAAAAUUAGAUUCAGGUUAAAAUUUUUGAACCUAGGUUGAUUCUCAAUUUGCUUUGUUUCCUAUGCCUAAUUAUUAAUGAAUUAGGGCUUGGAGACAAUGAAAGGAAAUUGCGAAUCAACCUAGCUUAAAAAAUGUUAACCUGAAUUUAAUUUUGACCUGUAACAUAUAUGUCAACAAAACCUUGGACAGCGAAACAGUCCAUAUUUCUGCUUAGUCAGGUACAAACAAACAGUCAGACAAAAAGUCUGGUGCAAGGCUGAAAACGGUGAGCGAGACUAAGGAAAGACGUCAAUUACUGGACACAGUGUUCACCACAAGAUUUGAAGGGAAGGGUAGACGAUAACAUGCAAUUUUCCCCUGAAAUCAGUCAUCAAGUCUAUUAAAUUCACAAAGAGGGUGGAGUUGUGAACAGAUUUUUGACAGCUCGACAACAUUAAUUUUGGAGCCCCUUGUCAGAACGAAGUUGUUGUGCGGAAAAACGGACAGUCAUUUUUUUUCUCUUGCGGGCGUGUGAGGCUUGCACGCUUUGCACGUGUGAGAAGGUGAUGCUAUGCCAGUGCUUUGCACCUUGAAGAAAGAUUUCGUCUUGUUGAGAAAAAGUCUAAGAAAACCUGGAUUGACCAGAUCAGGUGACCCUUGUAAUCUCUAAGUGACAAACAGUUAGAGAUAUGAUGACCAUAAAAACAGAGCAGUGACAGAUAACAAAAUUUUUUCUGGCAUAUUUGAAGGCUUAUGUGUAAAAGAGGCUCACCCAGCAAAACCUGCAAACAGGGUUGUCUCUAAACUUUCAAGCUGCUGGGUAAAUACAACAAGUGGGCAGGGAAUCAAACAGCCAGGGAUUUCUUUUGGUUCUAUUUUCCAAUUAAUAGUAGCCGGAGACCACACUCAUAGUAGAUGGGGGAAAUCCCUGGCCUCCGCGGCUCUUAAUGACAUCCCUGCUGCUAACCUCUUACAAGUUCUCUUCUUUUUAAAUCUUUUUUCCUCAGCUCACUUGUUUCCCUCAAGUGUCUGAAAAAAUGGCACAUGAAGAAAAUGCCAGGGAGUGGCCUUACCUUUUUUUUCUAUCUGUCAACCAGUCUAAAGAAAUAAUUAUUAUUAUUUCAGAUUCAAACAGUAAUGGCCAUUGUGCAGUCUGUUCCAUCAGAAGAAGACUGCAAUGAACUUGGGCUCGUUGCCUCAAAGUGCAGUGCUCAGGGAAACCCCUUUAAAAUCACUGGAUACAUUUCAAAACCAGAUCAUGGUAUGGGCCGCAGCAGUGCUGAUCGUCAGUUUUUAUACGUUAACAAGCGACCCUGUGAGCUGAGCAAGGUGUCUCGAGUCAUUAAUGAGGUCUACCAUAUGUUUAACAGACACCAGUAUCCAUUUGUGAUGAUGGACAUAUUGCUGGCAAGAGGUUUGUUGUGGUUUGUUGCAGUCCUUGUUGUUAUGUCUCAGUUAUUACUUGUCCUCACAUUGCUCAAUAUAGAGAACCAUACUCUUAUACAGUAUCCUACAAUCUAGGAUGCAUAUGGUGUAUGUUGCUGGCAGAAUAUGUCCCUACAUUUUAGACGAUUAUUCUAGACAGUAGCAGUUCAUUGCUGUCUUUGACAACAAAAUCAGUUGAGACUCUGUUUGUUUGUUGUUUGUUUUUAAUUUAAGUAUGAAAAAAUUAAUACAAGCUAUUAUAGGGCCUUUGUAACAUUUUACCAAAUUCAGAAGAGGAAAAUGAAACUUUCCCUCCCCCACCCCUCCAAGCAAUGUUGUACCAUUGUACGAGCUACCUGCAAGAAACAACAAGGGAAGAGGUGCAGAUUGUUUUGUUCCCAGUUUUUCUUGGUCUUGCAGAAUCUAUAAUGUAGGUUACCUUUUCUGCUGUGGUGUUGGUAUUGUCAGUGUCCUUUCAAUGUUUUGUAUUACAACACAAUGUACAUUAUCGUGUGAUUCCACUAGUCUGCAACAUCAGGAAUCAAUCCCAUAUGAUAGUGUCUCAGCAGGAAGAAAUCAGGGUUAUCAGUUCAACCUUCAAUGCCGCUCUUUCCCUGUUCCUGACUGGAUAGGUGCUACAUCUAAUUUGGAAAAUUUUUGUACAUUUAAAGCCCUUGUACGCAACUGCCUCAGGAAUCCAUAUAAAAGGAUCACAACUUAAGCCAAUCACUUACGAGAGUUUUCCCAAGGAGUCAGCAUCAAUAACGGGUAACAUGAAGAACAGCUCCCCGAAACAUAUGUCGUCCACUUGUCGGUUGACUGUCGACUGGCAGGCGAACAACAGUUUGUCAGCUAACAGUUGAUGGUUUGUUGGCCACUUGUUGGCAGCUUGUGGGGCGAUUGUUGGCCAUUUGUCGUCUGUUGGUCAACUAUUGAUCGUCUGUCAGCUCACUGUUGGUCAACAGUCUACUGACAGAUGGCCAACAGAUUUUUAGAGUACUGAGCUGUUCUUCAAUUUACCAGUAACGUGCACCGUGUUUCAACAAAAACUCUGAUAACAUUGGAAGUGUAAGGCAUGAAUGCCUAGUUGUUCCACUCUUGAUCUUACGACUUUCAUUUCCUUAUCAGAUGGUGUAGAUGUCAAUGUCACGCCAGACAAGAGACAGGUGUUUGUCCAGGAAGAGAAAGUCCUUCUAGCCACCAUAAAAUCGUCGCUGAGGAAGAUGUUCGAUGGUGGAACUGCAUUAUUUGAUGUCAAUCAGAAACCUCUGAUGCAAAUAAAACUGUCAGCCUCCACGUUCGUUCCUAGAAACUACAAUGGCGACUCCCAUGGAAAUGAAGACCUUCGAUGCUCUCAGAUGAAGCAAGAUGAAAAGGUAUCAGAUCAGCCUGCUUCAGUUGUGCCAACAAGUACGCAUGUCGAGAAAGGGAAAUUUCCAUCGCUUAGCAGUUUCAAGAGGAAGUUUUCAUCAGUUGAGCAAGAUGUGGUUGAGAAACCAAAAGAGCCUAGCUGUAAGCAGGUGAAGCUUACCAGCAUAUUCACCCGGGAUAAACAAGCUUCGAGGCUGGAAAGCAAAGAGUCUGUGGAAACAGAUAGUGGGAAUGUUUAUGCUGUUGCUAAGACUCAAAGAUCUGAAAAUAUUGGUGACAGCAAUGAACGGUUAGCAAGAAAAACUGACAUUGAAGUUGCUAAAGUUAAGGAUGAUAUCAUUUCUGUAAGUGAAUCUGAUGACGACGAAGUAAGUUCUCAGAAAGACGUCCAGCAAGAAAUAGAUUCAGAGCGUUUUGAUAAAACUAAUCAAACAUUUUUCGGCCAGGCUAAAGAUAAUUCAAGUAACGUAUCUUGCAAAACAAUACUGGUUCUUCCUAAACUUGGCAACACCGAAAAACAAACUCAGGUAUCAGAGAUGGUUAGAAACAGAAAGGAAACAACAGUGAGUUUCAGUAUGAAUAAACUUAAAAGCGUUGUUACGGCACCAACGAGACAGAAAACAGAUGAAGUAGAAGCUCGUUUGUUCAGAGCGAAGAUAGCACCAGAGAGCAAUUCCAGUGCUGAGAAAGAACUAACGAAAAAUAUUAGUAAAGAUAUGUUCAAGCGUAUGGAAGUUUUAGGUCAAUUUAAUCUGGGUUUUAUCAUCGCAAAACUGGACAAUGAUUUGUUCAUAAUCGACCAGCAUGCUUCAGAUGAGAAAUUUAACUUUGAGGAUCAACAGAGGAACACGACAAUUAAGUCCCAACGUCUUAUUGUUCCCCAGAAUCUUGAACUAACCGCUGCCAAUGAAGCUAUCCUUAUGGACAACGUGGAAAUAUUUCAAAAGAACGGAUUUGAUUUUGAGAUCGAUCAAAAUGCUGAGGCAAUGAAGAAGGUCAAGCUAGUUUCUCUGCCCAUGAGCAAGAACUGGACGUUUGGUGUUGAGGACAUCGAGGAGUUGAUUUUUAUGCUGAGUGAUUCUCCUGGCGUGAUGUGUAGACCUUCAAGGGUGAGGAAAAUGUUUGCAAGUCGUGCGUGUCGCAUGUCCAUCAUGGUUGGAACUGCACUUAACCAGGCUCAAAUGAAGAGGGUUGUUUACCACAUGGGAGAGAUUGAGCAUCCCUGGAACUGUCCCCACGGCAGACCCACCAUGAGGCAUCUAAUCAAUCUCAAUAUGCUGCCAGCCUCGCAGUUGGAUUGA